AUGUCUCUGUCACUUAUUCAAUAUGAUCCUGAAGCUGUGAAGGUGACACGCCAGGACUUUGAGAAGCACCGUACCGUUAUAACAAAAUUAUACAAGAUCAAUGGACUCAAACAAGUCAUGCAGACCAUGGAAACAACGGGGUUUAAGGCUAGUCGACGUCAAUACACCCAAAUCCUCAAGACCUGGGGGAUAGAGAAAAACAAACCAGCUAAGGAUAUGAAAGUUGUUGCCAGGAAAUACAUCCAGAGAAAUUCCGAAGGCAAGCUCUCCACUAUAAGGUGGCGAGGUAAUGAGGUAGCCCCAGAAGAUAUACAUCGCUUCAUCAGUAGAAACCCCGCUUGGAAUCCGGCAUCCGAGUCUGCGUCUACAACGCCCUCUCACAUAGAGUGUGACUUUCCGGAGUCGGUGCUGGAAGCACAAGCACUGGGUAAAGCCGUUCUCUCACCUGCCGAGAGUUUGACAAACGCCGCCGGUAUUGGGACCACUCAAGGACCGCCAACGUCCUUGAUACCGCCUGAUCAGAGACAGUUCACCUUUCAAAGAGCAGACUUUCCUUCCUUAGCAAUGUCAGGCCAUUCUAGCUUGUUCCACCAUCAUCACGACUUCCCGGUUCAAAUUCUAUACCCUGACCAGCAAACACAAAGCCUUGCAUCGCCUACACCACUCCAUUCCCAAAAUCCAGUUAUGCUUCACCAACAAGCCGAUGGAGGAGACGAAACCGAGUCGUCAGUGGCAGAGCCGAAGGGGCUUUCAAAUCCAGAGGACAUAUCGGCUUUCUUGGGACCUUGCCUCCAUGAACUACAACAAAUUGAUGACAUCGACGCAAGAACACAGCUUGAUAUCGGCAAGAAGCAGGACUUUGGUGAUGGGAUAAUGGCCAGUCUCGGACCUCAAGUAGGUCUCCAUGAACCCGCAACUUCUGAGAAUCGUACGACAAAGGAAGGCAUCGAGAACGACAAAUGGUCGAAGAGAAGAAAUGCGUUCAGCAUGCACAAUUCUAGACGUAGUGUGCAUGGUCUCUUGAUCUAUUAUGGGAAAGAUUGA